GUUACAGUUCUGAGUUCAGAAAAGUAGGGCAGUGGCUGACUCCGGAGGGAGGCUUCGUUUCCCCGCUCCAGGAUAGAUUAUUUGGCUGCUUUACAACGCCAGGGUGUGAAGAGAGGCAGAUGCUCUAUGUGGGUGCAUAACUAUGUCCCAAGUUUUAAUAACUGAGUGGGGCAGGUAGAGUUCAGAAAGCGGCACUUGGCUUCUUUUCCUGCUCAUUUCAAGUGGCACCCUCUGCCCAAGAGGGAGGAAGGGAGAUAGCACUCGUGUUUCACUCUCUGAGAGCAAGAAAGAACAGAUCCACCCGCAUUUUUUUGGAUCAGGUUUACUUUAAGAAACAUCCACAAUGAGUUGCAAGAAAGACACUGGUGAAUCUGCUGACAGUGGAGAUUCCACAGAAACUGGAGAAUAUGAAGAUGACUUUGAAAAGGACCUUGAGUGGCUAAUUAAUGAAGAGGAAAAAGGUAGCGUUGAUGACUCACAGAAUCAUGAAGACAAUGAAGAGGUGGCUGAGGCAAGUAUUAAUGAAGAAGAUAGCAAAGAAAGAAUACGUUCUUCAAAAAAUUCUCCUGAACCUGAGGAGGCUAUGAAGGGUGAGAAGGGGAAUUCUUCAAAGGAGCCUCCAGAUCUUGAAGAAGCUGUGAAGGGUGAAGAGAUGCAAAAUCAAGCAAAAUCUGAACCUGAGUGUCCCAUGAAUUGGCUGGAGCAAGUAUCUGAUACCGAUAGCGAAACCUCCUGUCAGGAAUCAAACCGGGAGGACUUGGAUGAGGAUGAUGAAAAAAUAAAGCGUUACAUCUUGGAAAAAAUUGAAGAAGCCAACAAGCUUCUGUUGUCACAGGAACCUUUGGAUGAAACGAAAGAGAAGAAACUGAAAUUCAAGGAUCAUCUGGUAGAUCUUGAAGUCCCUCCUCUGAAUGCUAUUGAAAUUGAUAAAAAUGAUCCUCACCGAGAAAGGGACAUUUCAGGUAGGCUGUCUCAGUUCCACAUUUCUAAUGAACCAGAACGAGAGGAGAUACCUUUUCCUCUAAGCAGUUCUUUGGAUGAUGAACACAAGGAUGGCAAAAUCUUAGUAGAAAGAGAUGGGAAGUUUGAACUCCUGAGUAUACGUGACAUUGAAAGCCAGGGCUUCUUCCCACCACUCAGUGUUUCUUUUAGUGACAUUGAAGCGCAGCAUGUUUCUCCUAAAACUUCUCAUGCUGCUGUUUUUGGCACUUUCUGCUUAACAAAAGAAGAGCCUCUUAUACGGUCAUCUGCAACAUCUUGCUCUCCUUCCAAGGACAGCUUCCUUUAUUUCCCUCAACCGCCCCCCAUUCGUCCAAGCUCUGCUAUCAACAUUACGAGGGAUGUGGAAAGAGGGAAAAGUCCACGCAGGGUGCAGUCUGCAAAUAUGGGGGUAAGAAGUUCUACAUACUGUCUGUCACCAAGACAGAAAGAACUGCAAAAGCAAAUGGAACAAAGAAGAGAGAGGUUAAAGAAACAGGAAGAAGCACGUAAAAGAGAACAGGAGGUGGAGAAACGGAAAGAAAAUGAUACGGUUUUCAAUGCUUGGCUGGAGAAGAAAAAAGGACAAAUGCAAGAAGAGAGACGAAUUCAACGUGCAAAAGCGCUGGAAGGUUUGAACAGCAGGCAGGAUAGCAGAAAUCCAGAUGAAGCUUUCAGGUUGUGGCUUAAAAAAAAACAGCGAGACCAGGUGAAAGAAAAACAGCUCGAAAACCAGAAGCAGCAGGAGGAGUGCAUGUUCUUCCUUCCUAGAACUGCAGAAAAUGAAAAAGCUUAUAAACAAUGGCUAAGAAAGAAAAGGCGAGAAAAGCGAGCUGAGGUACUGGCUUCCAAAGAGCGAUCGAAACAGUUACGGCAGGAAGCCCGAAGAGCAAAACAAAUAGAGAACAUCCUGUGUUCUAUUUCUGAACCCAAAUCACUUCGCUUCACUGACCAGUACAGCUGAGGUUUAGUCACCAGGUGCCUAGAAUUUGUCUCACUGAGUACCUUUUAUAUCUUGAGUUACUAUCUCCUGGAAGCAGCUUCUCCAUAUCAUAAUCCUUCAAUAAUGUCUUAAUUUUUGCAGUGAUUUUACACGCCCCUGUCCCCAUAGUAGUGUAUUUGCGAGUGGCUUGGUUUUCACUUCCACAAAAUAAACAGCCAUAUGGCAAUUGCAGCAUAAAUCAUUUUAAAAUAACUUGUCUUAGAUACACUCAUGUCAAGUCAAACAUCUUUUGGCUCAACACCUAAAAGACUGGAUUCCACAUCCAUAUGCUGAUAGUUCACUCAUAACUGUCACAGCACCAUCUAAUUAAGGGCAGAUGUAGUCAUUCUGUGACCAUACUUCUGUUCUAACAGGAACAAAGACUGUGUAAUACUUUUUAUUAGGAGCAACCAUAAUGACUUUUGUUUCUCCCGAACUCGUCAGACUGGUUAUUACAGAAAUAAGGGUAGUGGAGGAGACAGAAACAGAUAUCUCAGAGUUGGCUUUUAUAUUUCCAGUAGGAGCCCUUUAUUCAACUUCUUAUGCCAAGGAUACUGGCAAGACAAGGUCUUAAGAGCCAUGUCCUCAGACAUCUGCUCCCAACAGCCAGCUAAAGAGUCAUUGAGGACUUGGAAGCUUUCAGUGUUUUUUGUCAUUUUGGUUUCUCCAAUAAAAGACAGUAUGUUGCGUCUGUA